GUCGCUCGAAUACACGUUCAGUUUUUCCCGAAGAAAAAUGGUGCGCAUGCAUGGUAACGGUCAUGGCAAGUCCAGCUCGGCUCUGCCGUACCGCCGAACUCCGCCGACAUGGCUUAAGAUCGCCAGUCGCGAUGUGGUGGAGCGGGUGUGCAAGCUGUCCAAGAAGGGCAUGCCGCCAAGCCGGAUCGGUAUGGAGCUACGAGAUUCAAUGGGUAUCGCCCAAGUGAAGAACGUGACCGGCCGAAAAAUUCUGCGCAUCCUGAAGCACAAAGGCCUCGCUCCGGAGAUCCCUGAGGAUAUGUAUUGCCUGGUGAAGCGCGCGACCGAGAUGCGCAAGCACUUAGAGCGCCACCCGACUGAUCGCGAUACCAAGUACCGCUUGAUCCUGGUGGAGUCCCGCAUUCACCGAUUAGCUCGUUACUAUAAGCGCGUCAAGCAGCUGCCCCCAACCUGGAAGUACGAGUCCAGCACCGCUUCUGCGAUGACAUCAUAAGUCAAGAAACGCAUGAUGAACCUCGAGUUGGCAAGAACCUUUUUUCAAGUGUCGUUAUAAUGAUUUCUUAUUCUUUCCUACCUUGUAUUUUGGGUGGAAAUACAAAAUUCAUUUAAAUAUGAACUAAGGACGUUAUUAUUAAUGUGUGUUUUUUUCCAUUGCGGGAGCGA